AUGUUUGGUAAACUAACAAGAUUAAGAUGCCUCGAUUUGGAUGGUUGUAACAUCGAAAAAUUGCCAGAAUCUUGCAUUAGCGGUCUCUGCAAUUUGGAGAUUGUGGAUCUAGGAUGGGAGUGUGAGCUUCCUAAAGAGAUUAACAAUUGGCCAAAGAUGAGCAGUCUUUCACACAACAAAGGGAAGGAUGGAAUGCCAAGAGGUAUAGAAAAGCUAACUCUCCUUGAAGUAUUAAAGUCAUACAAGGUGAGGAAAGAAGAGGUCUCAAGAAUUAAUAAUUUCAGUGGGAUGGAAGAGUUAGCAGGCCUAAACUCCUUUCAGGUGUUGUGGAUACACAAUCUAGAGAAUGUGAGAGGUGGAAAAGAAGGCGCGGAAAGAGCAAAAUUAAACGACAAGCAACACCUUCGAGAAUUGGACCUCUGUUGGGGUUACGGGGAUGUUAAGCGUACAAGUAACAGUGAUGGUAUGGUGUUGGAAGGUCUCCAACCUCACCCAAACUUGAAGGAAUUGGAAAUAAAUGAAUUUAAGGGUUUGAAAUUUCCAAGGUGGUUAUCUGAUUUCCUUCCGAAUUUGGUAAAAUUAGAUUUAACAAAUUGCAAGUAUUCUGAGAAGCUUCCAGCUCUUGGUAUGCUCCCAAGUCUUAGGGAACUUAACGUUGUGAGAAUGAAUGCGGUGAAGUGUUUGGGUAAUGAGUUUUAUCACCAAGUAGAUGUAACAGAUGAAGACGGAGAAGAUAGCAGCAGCAGUGUUGGGAGUUCUAGAAUGAUGACAUUAUUCCCUUCCUUAACUGAGUUGCACCUAUAUUGCUUGGAAAACUUAGAAGAGUGGGUUUCUCUUCCUCCACCAUAUAUUUCCUUCCCUGUACUUGAGUAUCUAAAAAUUGAAUGUGGAAAGUUGAUAAGCACACCCAACUCAUUUCCUUCUCUGAAGGAGCUGACUUUAGACGGUACCACUAACCGGCCAGUUACUCAUCUCUAUGGCUAG